AUGGUGCGAGCGCUGGAAUUUUACAGUGGGAUAGGCGGUCUUCACUGUGCCCUAAUGAAAAGCCGAGUCUCUGCAAGCGUUAUUCGUGCAUUUGACUGGGACCAGAACGCGUGCAGGAUAUACAGCAGGAAUUACGGGGAAGGAAUUGUGCAUCGGGUGGACAUAUCGACAUUGACAGCAACAAAUUUAGGCGACUUGGGAGCGGAUCUGUGGCUCCUCUCUCCUGCGUGCCAGCCAUACACAGUGCUUAACCCGAACGCUAAAGGAGCAGGGGAUCCUCGGGCCAAGUCGUUCUUGCAUAUUGUACAGACUGUCCUUCCUGAACUAGCCCCGACGCAGAGGCCUAGCCAUAUACUAGUGGAGAACGUUGCCGGGUUCGAGACUUCAAGCACGCGUCAAGUCCUUCUUACGUCCCUGCGCGAGCUGGGGUACUCCGUACGCGAGUUUUUGCUGACCCCGCUGCAGUUUGGCAUACCGAAUUCGCGGCUGAGGUAUUAUUUGCUUGCGAGGAAGGAGCCUUGGGUUGGCGAGGUUAAUGGAGUGGUUCUCAGAGAGAUACCUGGACGGGUGGCAGGAGAGAUCAAGGCGGUGAGGGACUAUCUGGACGACGACGGGGAAGGUUAUGCAAUUCCGGACAGGGUGCUGACCAAGUGGGGCCGGUUGUUUGAUAUCGUGCUGCCUGGAGAUAGAAAGACAUGUUGUUUUACAAGUGGCUACACGCAUCUUGUUGAGCGAGCUGGGUCUAUUCUGCAGAUGAACGAAGACCUCGACGUACGUCCAGUUCCUCUAGAAACUUUCUUUCAUCCGCUCAUUCUAGGAAAGACAACCAAGACGUUUGACGAAUUUCUUUCGACUGCAGACCUAGCUAUUCUACGACCCCUACGGUUGCGAUAUUUUACGCCCGACGAGCUGCUCCGUAUAUUUGACUUUGACCCGUUACUAUUCCAGUGGCCUGACGAUGUGUCGAGAAAGACGAAAUACCGGCUGAUAGGGAAUAGCGUGAAUGUGAGGGUAGUAGCAGCGUUGAUAGACCAUCUAUUUGAAUAG